AUGUGGCUGGAGGCCGUUCAGGGCAUGCUGCCCAUUCAGGCCCUCCAGAAGAUAUCCUGCACUGCCGAGGCCAUCAGCACUGCAGGCCACACCUGCGGAACCAGUGGCGGCCGCGGCGCUUUGCAGCAGCAGCACCUCUUCUCCCUCUACGUCCAUGUCGGCUCAAACGAGAACAUUGCAGGCUUUCCACGUGAGAGCAUCUUUUAUGGACGGGUCAUACCAUUAAGGGUCAAGACGCAAUGGGGUACCCACUCUCUAACCGCAGCCAUCCGAGGGCUGCUGAAGGAGGCACUAAAUGAUGCGAUGAAUCAACGCUUUGUACUGCUGUCAGAGUGGGACAUUCCACUAUACCCACCCACCGUCAUCUAUGUGCAGCUCAUGGCAGAGCAGACCAGCCGACUCUCUGCCUGCCUCGGCCCAAUGUUCAAGAUGAAGCCUGGCAGAUGGGUGGGCAGCCUGCAGAACACCAGCUUCCAGUUCCAGCACUGGCGCAGGGCAGACACCUGGUUUGCCUUGAUCAGGCGCCAUGCUGAGAUCAUCGUCGAGGACCGCACUGUGGAGCGGGAAUUUGCUGAGAACUGCCAACACACUGACGCCAACGUCUCAAGGCACUGCUCCCCCAGGAAUCCAAACUUGAACAUGUGGCGCGAAUGCUUCAGCGAGCAGCACUACUUUGCCACGCUACUGUCCUUCAAGGGCUUUGAAAACGAGACGGCGUGUGGAGCGAGUCUCACCAAUUCAGGAGUAGAUGAUACAAAAUCGCAGAUGAUCCCACUUGAGUCAAUCACAGCCGAGGGGGUCCGGGCUCUGAGGAAACCGGACAUGCCGGCCUGUGAGGACAGGCUGGUGAUGCAGGCAGCGCAGCAACAGCUGGUGCACUUCAGCGGGUUCAACACAAGUGUGUGUGCAUCUUGGACCGCGCCAUACAGGCUGCACCUGGCGACAGCAUGCCCACUGCUGGCCCGCAAGUUUGGCCCUGAGACGGCGGAUGCCUUGACAGAGCUCAUGAAGCAGUCAGAAUUUCUGAGUCAGGCCAAGCUUGAACAGCUCGAGUGA